AACUUCCCCUUUCGCAGACCCUGCGCGUUUGGCGCUGCCCCGCAUGGGAGGCUGCCGCUUCGGCGCAGGACGCUCCGAGCCUGGGGGUCAGUCCCCGCUCCCCAUAAAUUUCAUCGCGCCUCCUCUGAGAAGAUCUUGGAAGAGCUGCUGGAGAAUUACUGAAGGAGCGAAUAUUUACCAAGAGUGAGAAAAGGCAAUGGAUACAGACUUUUUAAAUGUGUUUACACAGCCUGCUGCAGUUAAUCAAUUCCUAGCUGAGAAUGUCAUCGCUCAAGGUGAAAAGAAGAAACUCAUAAAACCAACCUCAAGGAAUAAUCCCAAAUUGGAAGAACUAAAACUGUUAUUGAUUGACUGGAUUAACAAAACUCUGAAAGAGGAACACAUAGUAGUUAAAAGUCUGGAAGAAGAUCUCUACGAUGGGCUGGUACUUCAUCAUCUUUUGGAAAACCUAGGAUCUCUCAAGCUGGAUGUUGACAAGAUCGCAUUGACAGAAAAGAAACAGCGACAGAAACUCUCUGUGAUUCUGGAAGCCGUGGCAAAGUGUUUGCAACCGGAAGAAAGUCAGCCGAAAUGGAGUGUGGAAUCUAUCUUGUCAAAGGACUUACUGAGUACACUGCAUCUUCUGGUUGCAAUAGCAAAGCGCUUUGAACCCAGCCUGGCCAUGCCUCCAAAUGUUCAAGUGGAAACAAUCACCAUUGAGAACACCUCCAGAGGAUUAAAGACAGCAACUGCAGUGGAAAAUAUCACAGAAAACAAAGUGAAUUCAGAAGCGCAGUCAAAAGAUGAUGCCUUUGAUGAAUUAUUUAGCCGUGCUCCAGAUAAACUGGAUGCUGUGAAAAAGGUAUUUUUGCAAUUUGUCAACCAGCAUGUCGGAAAAUUGGGAUUAAGCGUGAAAGACCUCGAAUCUCAGUUUGCAGAUGGAGUUAUCUUACUUCUGUUAAUUGGACAACUGGAGGGUUACUUUCUGAAUUUAAGGGAUUUCUUCCUGACUCCAGCCAGCACCACGGAGAUGCUUCACAACGUUAACCUUGCAUUGGACUUGCUGACAGAUGGAGGUCUUCUGAAUUUUUCUGUGAACUCUGAAGAUAUCGUGAAUGGAGAUAUGAAGGCUACAAUGCGGAUUCUGUAUUGUUUGUAUUCCAAAUACAAGACCAAAGAAACAUGAAGAGCAAGGCCAAGAGCUUAGGCUUUUUUUUUUUUUUUUUGCUUUAUUUUGCUUUUUUUUCUUUUCUCUGCCAUAUCAUGGUCUGAUUUUUGGAUUCCCAGCUCUGUUUUGCCACUGUUUAUGUACAUGUGCUUGUGUUUGACACCUGGUGUAUUAACACUGUGUAUCCAAGUAUGUAUUCAUGCAAGGUUUCACAUAUACAGCCUGAGUAACUCUAAGCACGUGUGUGUGUGUCCAGGGUCAAUGUACUGGCUAAUUCUGUGUCUGUAGCUCUUGCUCCAGCCCUGUCUCUUGUUUUUUCUGAGCCCCCCGUAGCGCUGCGAAGAAGUGCAAUAUGUGUUUUUUCUAGACUCUGCCUUCUUUGCUUCUGGAGGUGAAUUUGGAAGCUGGUUUUGCAGCCUCCCCACUUUCCUGCUUCUGAGUCACUCUGGAAGCUAGAGAGACCCACCGCGGCAUCCCUGGGAAGACUGCAGACACGCUUGAAGCUGAAGUUCAAAGCUUUCUUUAGACAGGUGGCCAGCUGUUGUCAGGAAAGAGGAUAUGGAUUAGACACCAAAUGAAUAGGUGGCAGAACUGAAAUCUGAAUUUAUCCAGUGUUUUGUAGAAGUUUCACCAUUUGCCUGCUUGAAAAGGGACUCGGAACAACACGGUGCCCUGAGGCUGUGCAGUAACAGAGGGGCCUCCUGCACAGCUGUAGGAAGAUGCCCUGAUUUCCUUGCUAACUUAAUGCCAAACUGUGGCCGGCUCCCGCCUGUGGCAGCCCUAACAUAAUCUCUGACUAGCCGGAAUGCCGAUUCCUGUGUCAAGCACGUUGUAGGAGUGACUAACACGACUGUGGUUUCUCUCCGGUAAGAGGCGGAUAGAUGCUGGCUUCCUCUGCAGCUGGUAGAAGUAGAGGCCAUCAUGGGCAGGAGUAGCGAAACUUUUGGCUUCUGCCACUUCUGACAGGAUACCCGUGCUGCGGGGACUCUCAAACUCCUCUGAGACUCUCUUAGCUGAAUUUUUCCAGCGACCGUCCCCAAGAGUCCCAGCAGCUCCCCCUGGAUGCAGCGAGCCUAGCCGCAAUUUAUGUUAGCUGUCACCCUUGGUCUUACUCAAGGGUUUUAAAUCAGAACUUCUUCAAAACCUCCACCUACUCCCUUGACCUUGAAAUUAUGUCAUAUUUGUGUUGCAUAAAGCUUGAGAUCUAAUUAAAAAAAAGUUUUUGUAUUAUUUUGUCUUCCAUCUAAACUGAUUUAAUUUCCUGUCGUCAGUGACUCUGACAUUUGAUCUCUGAUCUGAUGCUUCAUCGGUGUGUUAAGGGGAAACCAAAGCUCGCCUGGUAUGAGUGCUGACAUUUACAGAUGAGAAUUUGUUGUGUCUAGUUCUGGAUCACGCAGCCUGAGAAAGAUCUUUAGAUAGCAAUGCUGAUAAGUCUUCCAGCCCUGCCUUUGAAAAUGGUAAUACUGCACAGCUGCUGGAGGAGAGAAUUCUGCAAACUGCCCCGAGCCUAAUCCUUUUUGCACCAAUAAUUACCUUGUUUUUAUGUUUUUACAGAGAAAAGUCCGAUGUGUGGUGCCAAUGAGCCACAAGAAGAUCAGCUUGCUUCCCUAGCAAAUGUUAGUGGCGCGUGCUGUUUUGAACGAUUUAAGUAAAGAACGCUUGUUUUUUCUU